CUAGUCAAAUCUCGCAUUGUUACAACGCUUUGUAAUUGCUAGGAAUGCCCAUACUAGCCCGCCGCUGCCCAUGUACGUGCCCGUGUGUCGGAUUUUGUUCGGUUCUACAACUUUGUAGAAGACUCGUAGAAUAGCCCUCACUGCUGACCCAGUUUGCCUAGUGUGUGUGAAGAGAAGAAUCGGUACCAGUACCAUAAGCAGGAAGCCUAUAACAGAAUACAGACAGGCAUCACUACGCGACUGCUCCUUCACUUUUGUCACUUCCUAGUUCUGGCGCCAGGUUGCUAUAGUUACGUGUUCCCAGUUUACCUUGCGAAAUUCAUACUGGAACUUUUGAUCUCAGGAGGAAUCUAAUACCCACCGCCCCUUAACGUGUAUAUAGUGUAGUUAGAAUGGCCGUGUCAGUUGUCCCUUCCCCACCUCCAAAUAAUGAAGCUAGCACCCCUGUGGCCGAGAGUUGGUGUUACACUCAGGUGAAAGUGAUCAAAUUUUCAUACAUGUGGACAAUAAAUAACUUUAGUUUUUGUAGAGAAGAAAUGGGAGAGGUUCUAAAAAGUUCCACAUUUUCUGCGGGAGCAAAUGACAAACUCAGAUGGUGCCUAAGAGUCAACCCCAAAGGUCUCGAUGAAGAAAGUAAAGAUUACUUAUCACUCUAUUUGUUACUGGUCUCGUGUAAUAAAAGUGAAGUCAGGGCAAAGUUCAAGUUCUCUAUUCUUAAUUCAAAACGAGAAGAAACAAAAGCAAUGGAGAGCCAACGUGCGUAUAGGUUUAUUCAGGGUAAAGACUGGGGCUUCAAAAAAUUUAUACGUCGGGAUUUUUUAUUAGAUGAAGCUAAUGGUUUGUUGCCAGAUGACAAACUCACAUUAUAUUGUGAGGUGAGUGUGGUGGCCGACUCUGUAAACAUCUCAGGACAAAACAAUGCAACACAAUUUAAGGUGCCAGAGUGUCGCUUAUCAGAUGACCUAGGAUUAUUAUUUGAAAGUCAGAAAUUUAGUGAUGUUAUCCUUAGUGUAAAUGGAAGAGAGUUUUAUGGACACAAAGCUAUAUUAGCUGCACGAUCUCUGGUCUUUGCUGCUAUGUUUGAACAUGAAAUGGAAGAAAAAAAACAGAAUCGAGUACACAUAACAGAUAUGGAUCAUGAAGUACUUCGAGAAAUGCUGAGGUUUAUUUACACAGGAAAGUCUCCGAGUUUGGAAAAAAUGGCUGAUGAUCUAUUAGCUGCAGCUGAUAAGUAUGCUAUAGAGCGGCUUAAAGUAAUGUGUGAGGAGGCCUUAUCGACCAAUCUAUCUGUGGAGACUGCAGCUGAUGUCCUCAUACUUGCAGACAUGCACAGUGCUGACCAGCUAAAGGCACAUUCUAUUGAUUUCAUAAACAUCCAUGCAACAGACGUCAUGGAAACUGCCGGAUUCAAGAGUAUGGUUCACAGACAACCACAUCUAAUAGCAGAGGCCUUUCGUGCUCUUGCCACUCAACAAGUCCCACCUAUAGGACCUCCAAGAAAAAGAAUAAAACAGUCAUAAGAUGCCGUAUACCUCUUGAAUUUUUGUUCAUUAGAACACCAUGUGUUGUCAUCAAUUGCACAGUAUGACUUAAAUAAAUUAUUUGCAAAAUUACACUGAAAGUCACCAUCUCAAACAUUAUCAUCAUGUUUUCAUUUGAAAACAACAGUCACUGGACAUGGUCCAUUUACUGAAGAGCUUUAUGGAUGUAACUUUUGUACCCAUUGUAUGUUAGAAGCAUGCUUUAUUUCAGAUCUUCAAACUGUAUGAUCACUCCUGAAAUACAAAAAAAACUGUAUUUUAGUACUUGUUCACAUAACAAAAAAAAAUACUUUACAUUGAUCUAUCUCUUGAUCAAUGUGUGCAAUAUGUGAUUCAGUGGGUAACAACUUCCUGUCUGGCUUUAAGUGUAUUAAAGCUUGAGAUUCUAGACACUGAGUAAUUAAUCGGCUAAAAGAGGACAAGAUGUUUCAUUGCAAGUAUAGUCCGUUAUGACAGCCUUUUAUUUAGGCAAUUCAUUGUAUUUUGAUUUGUGUUUUUGUGAUAUUUUUGAAUGCAUAGUUUUCAUUUUGUCAGCUGCUUUCCAAUAGUAGCUACUGGUAGAAGCUUGGAAUAUAAAAUAAGGUAAAGGAACUAUAGCAAGAAGUUUCCUAUUUGUUUAUCUUGUUAUUAAUUUUAAGUUACAGGCACAGAAAAGAAAUACGUACAAUUUUUGUGUUUUAUGUCACUGUUUUUGAUAUCCAACAAUGCCUUUCAAGGUGAAGAAUUUGUUAAUGUUUUGCGAAUCUUUUGUGUGAUUAUCUAAUUUGGUCCUAUAAGUUUAAAUUGAACCUUGUUGUAAAAGAAAAUUAAUAUUAAACUUCAAAAUCCAGGAAAUGAUAAAUGUUCCUAGAAAUUGUGUAUGUGUAUGGCUUAUCUGUUUAAACAAAUCAAUGUUGAGGAUCCAAAAUUCAAAGUCAGCCAAUCUUCCUUGAACAACUAAACUAGACAAAAUAUUAUUUAAAAAUUUUUUUUUUGUUCUACAGACAUUAAACUUUAUAAAUAAAGAAUUAUUACAUACUAAUAUAAAACACAUAAAGGAACAAAAUUACUUCUUUGAGUCUAAUAUGAAUUAAGAAUGAUAACUUUCUGAAAUUAUAUUGACAGUAAGACUUCAUCAAACUGAAAAAGUGGAUAAACUAAACCUAUGUGUUUUAAUGGAUGUUUUCUGUAUGAAUUCAGUGUAUUUGAACUUUUUUAGUCAUUUACAAUAUACAUACAUAAAUUAUAAGUGUAAAAACAAUCAAUUUGUUAAACGGAACAUUGAUAUCCUUUGUGUUUUUUUUAUUAUUAAUAUGAUUUCAUUUGUACAAUGCCAAAAGUAGGUUCUGUAGAAUAAGAAAUGAAAAAUCAGAACCCUAUAAUAAUGAAAGAACAGAAUGAUGCAAUUGUUUAAAAUAACCUCUAAUUUUGAAUUGAGAAAUGGCUUGUCCUAUUAUCAAAGUAGCAAUACCUGUCAGAUAUCUGAAAACAUCCCAUCAUCAGUAGGGAUUGUUCAUACUAUUUAUUUAUUUCCAAUAUAUAGUCUUUGUAGAGAUACUGAAAACUGGUUUAUAAUUUACCUACCUCUGAUGAGGGCUCUCUCGCAGCUCAUGAAGAUUAGAUUUAUUUUCUAAAUGUUUAAAUACCUACAGAACAAAUGUUGAUUGUAUUAGAUAAAUACUAUUUCGUAAUACUGCUUUAUAUUUAAAAUUAUGAAUUUUUUUUUUUCAAUAGAAUGUUUGGUUUUUUCUAAAAUCUUAUUUUUACAAGUGAUAAAACUAAUUACAUUUUCAAAUAUUGUAAGAGCUUAAGUGGACUUUUCUAUAGCAUGUUCUAUCUCUCAAAGUAUAAGAAAUGGCACUUCAGAUGCUUUUGUGUGGAAGUUAUUUUUCCAGCGUGGGAGAAAUAGUUUUUGUAAACUUAAAGGAAAUAUAAGUGUCAUUGUUAACCUAAAAUUUUAAUGUUUUCUUCUUACAACUAGACAUUGAUAUGUGAAUAUCAAAGUUUUAAAAGGAUUUUGUCUCACCAUCAGAUUCCCACCUAUUUUCUAGAUCUUCAGAAAUUUCUUGUUGUUUAUAUUAAACAUGGUACAAAAAUCAUCAGUUGUUAGUUAUUACAUGUGAUUAUCAUGGGUGCAGUGUUUUUAAUGUAAUAUGGGUAAUAGUUCAAACUUGUAAAUAAGAGUGAAAGUUAUGUGAUAUCAUAAUAAAAUAAUUUUUAUUUGCUAGUUUUGGACACUGUAUAUUGGGUACAUUAUUAGUACUGAAAAUUUCAUUUUGUUUUUGCUGUGCUUUUGUUUUGCAUAUGUUUUUAUUGUGAUGCUGUACUAUAAAUUUCAUCUUUCAAGUUUGUGUAAAUAAAAAAAAAACCAAGGAUUUUCAUUGGGCCAAGAAAGAGAAAUAUUGUGUGCCUAGUCUCUGAGAGAAAACUAAUCUUAUGAAAAUGAUCAGAGUAGCCCACUAGGGAACACAAAUAUAUGAGGUUAAGGUUAAAAGUAGUGUGAUCAGAUUUUGUUUAUGUUCAAAUUACUUAAAAUAAAAUCUUCA